GCACUCUCGGUGUGGUGGCAGAGGUGUUUUGCUUGCUUGCCUUCUUGCCUUCUCUUCGUGCCAGCCGUGCUUGUUGUGCUUGUGGUGUGUGCUCCUCCAACCGCCCAAACGAACCAGCAACACGCGCCAACCACGAGCAUGUGCUUGCCGUUGUUUGGGUGACAUGAAUGCAGCCAUCUCGUGCUUCUUGCUUGCUUGCCAUUCUCUUUUCCUGCCUCACCUUGUUACUUCACAUCACCUUUUGUCUGCACCAUCCGUCGUCAUUUCAUCGUCGUCCUCCAGACCAAGCCAAAAGGAUAAGCUAGAGACAGUUCCCCAGUGACUCGUUGCUGUUGACAGACCAACACCCACACACACACACACACACACGCACACACGACUCGCAAACAACGAUGGCAACCAAGGAUACCUCAACCCCACCCUCGGUCCAGGAGGUGCUUGCCAAGGCAGGCAAGCGCGCUCUUGGCGGCGGUGGCGCCGGCGCUGCAGCCAUGGUCACUCAAGUGUGCACCCUCAUGUGGCUGCGCACCACAAUGAACUACCAGUACCGCUAUGGCACCAGCACCCCCGCUGCCAUCAAGGCGCUUUACAAGCAGGGUGGCGUGCUGCGCUUCUACCGGGGCAUUGGGCCAGCGCUGCUGCAGGGACCGCUGUCGCGAUUUGGCGACACGGCGGCCAACACGGGCAUCCUCACGCUGCUCGACUCGUACGAGAGCACGCGCUCGCUCCCCGUUGCCGUGAAGACGGUGGCUGCAUCUGGCACUGCCGCCCUUUGGCGCGUCGUCCUCAUGCCCAUCGACACGCUCAAGACCGUCAUGCAGGUUGAGGGUCACGAUGGCAUGACCAAGCUCCGCGCAAAGCUCAAGGCUGGUGGCCCGCGCGUGCUGUACCACGGCUCCCUCGCUGCGCUCUCUGCCACGUUUGUGGGCCACUUUCCCUGGUUUGCCACGUUCAACUACCUCAACGCCACCAUCCCAGAGGCAGAGGACAAGUGGGCGAAGCUUGCCCGCCGCGCCGCCAUUGGGUUCUGCUCGUCUGUCAUCUCCGACACCACCAGCAACUCCAUCCGUGUGACCAAGGUCACCAAGCAGGCGCACACGAAGCCCAUCACGUAUGUACAGGCGGUGCGCGAGGUCAUCAGCAAGGACGGCGUCUCUGGACUCUUCUUCCGCGGUCUCGGCACCCGUCUCAUUGCCAACGGCAUGCAGGGCAUGAUGUUCACAGUUGUGUGGAAGGGCCUUGAGGAGCGCUUUACCAAGUAACCGCGACAUGACAGCCGCCAACCAACCACCCGCCCGUCCAUCCAUCCAUCCAUCCGUCCAUCCAUCCAUCCAUCCAUCCAUCCUCCAACAAGCCUUCUAUUCAUCAACAAGCCUUCUAUCCAUCAACGCUCCAUCCAUCCAUCACCACUCUUUCUUCCCUCAUUCACAGCUGCCCCGCAGUCCUUCCCUCCCCCACCCCUCUCUCGGACUCGGCUCGUCUCAUGUUCUCCCCCAAGUAUUCCCAUUCACAUUCACACUCCCAUUACCAUUUUCAUUUCAAGUUUCCAGCUCCGUUUUCACCCCCACCCUUCCACCACCAGACACAUACCAGCUUACCAAUCCUCUCCUCGUUAACCCCUUUGCUUGUCCCUUUCUCGUGUUCUGUUGAUGUCUUCCAUUCGUCUUCAGCGGUCUCCGCCUAGCAUGCCCGCAAACACGCAACCACACGCAAGCACGCACGCACACGCGUACGCACGUGCGCGUGUUGCGCUGCGCCACUCCAUGCACCGCCACCACCGCCCCCCUCUGUGCCACCCCCCUCCCGCCACACGAUUGUUACCACCAGUCUGUUGUAUCUACGAUGGCGCGUGUGGCAGGGAGGGGCGAGAGCACAACUCCCCGUAAUUUGCAGACACUUGCUUCCUCGUUAGAUUCAGACAAGACUCGUUUUGAUUGAUACAAUCGCAUCAGACCCCCAAUGAGGGGAAUGUUGUGGUGGCGGUGGCUGACACAUGGUGGUGCUGCGUGGCCUUGGUUCUGGGCUUUGUUUUGUCUUCCUUUGUGUUCUUUGUUUCCCCGAGUUGUUGUUAGUUUUGUGUCUGUCACUCCCUCCCUCCCCCCUCCCCUUUUGUUUCACAGGACCCGUACAAGCGCUGUUGCUGCCUUGAAAAUGGCACAGCGUGGUGGCGUGAUUGUCUGUCAGUCGAUUCCUUGUUUCUCAUACGCAUACGCUCACUAGUUGCACGCUCUCCUCUAUCGCUUCUGCCCAUGGCAUGUGUCUUGGCAGUUGUUUCUGUCAGCUGUGUUGUUCGCCCCCAGCUUGACUGUUGCGUUUCCCUUUCGUUGCCCCUGUUCACCCCUGACUGUGCUCGUGGUGUCCUGCUGUUCUUUGACAAACACACGCACACACGCACGCACGCAUGCACCUGGUGUCAAUCAACUCUGUUGUUUCUUCUCCCCCCUUUUUCGGCUUGGCUCGUUCAUGGCAGUGAAUAAAGACCUGGGUCUUGC